AUGGGCCACGCAGCAUUACUCAGGACGACGAUCAGGUUCCUUAUCGUCGCCUGUUUCAUCUCCCACGUCGCUGCUCACAUCGCCGGGGGCGGUGCAACGUCGCCGGAGACGGUGGCGGCGUUCCUCUCGCCACAGAACGCCGUGCGGGUGCGGCACGGCGUGCCUCCCCUGCGGUGGAGCGCCGCCCUGGCGAUGGUCGCCGGCGCGUACGCCGAGCAGAGGAGGGCCGACUGCGCGCUGGUGCACUCCACAAACGACUACGGGGAGAACCUCUUCUGGGGCCAGGGGAGGCUGUGGACGCCGUCCGACGCCGUCGCAGCCUGGACGGCGGAGGAGGCCUCCUACGACUAUGCCAACAACGUCUGCGACCCCGCCGCCGACUGCUCCCAUUACACCCAGCUGUUGUGGAGGUGGACCAAGAACGUCGGCUGCGACAAGGUCUUCUGCGCCAGUGGCGACAGCUUCAUCAUCUGCAACUACUAUCCCCAUGGCAACGUCGUCGGUCAGCGCCCGUACUGA